AUUCUACUCACAACAGUUGAACUGUAAUCGUCGUCCGCAUCGUCGUCAUCACCGCCCCCGCCCCCUCUCCCAUUUUCUCUCUUUCAAGUCGUAAUUAUUUGAUAAUAUAGCUUUAAAUGGUAAUAAUUCUUUAUUUCUUUUGUUUCUUUAUUAAUAAAGAAAGUGAUCAAUUUAAAUAUUUUUGUUAAUUAUUAAUGUUUUUUAAAGGAAAGGAAAGAUAUGUUCGCCAAAGUAUCCAAAAUUUCAGGUCAUACGUGUUGUUCAAUUUGUUCUCUUCCAUGGAUUACAAAGAAUUCGAGAACUUUUUCGUCUUCUCAUAAAAUUUGUAGUAAUUGUUCGAUAAAACCUGUAAAGGAGAAGUAUUCAACUACAUGUCAAUAUUGUCCUGAGGAGUGUAAGUUCAUUAUGAAAAAUGACGAUCGUUCUGAAUUACGAAAUAGAAUCGGGCCUGAAAACGAUAUUAUUAAUUAUAUAAAAUAUGAUAGCGAUGAUGAUGAUGAUGAUAUAAAUACCCAGGAAGUUAUUUGUCAGUACUGCAAAGGUACUUAUUCAUGUCAAUUAUGCAAUGUCAAGGAUCAUUGUGAAGAAUCGGUAAUAAAUCAAAAUGAACUAAUCACCAUUACACAAGAGAAAAUGACUGAGAUGAAAGAUCGAAUAAUUGAGAAUCUUGAUGAUGUUAAAAAUCAAGUACAAAGCAUUUACUCAAAAGCUAGACGAGUACUUCAGAUGAAAGUUGAUAAUGAAAAGGAAAAAUUGAAUAGAUUUAAGACGGAUUAUUUACAACAAUACGAUGAUCUAAGAGAUAAGAUUGGAAAUAUUUUUAUAGAUGAAGAGCAAACUGCAAAAGAUUUAUUAAAUCUUAAAAACGUAAAAGCAACUUUGGAAAGGGAUGUAGAUAUUCAAUUUAAUGUAGAUCUUAAGAAGAGAAACGGAGCAGAUUUCGAAAUAGAAAAAUGA